AUGGCUCAAAACAUUCAGGUAGAGAAACACAAAAAUGACUUAGCUGCCAUCAUGAUCACAUAUCCAUCAACACAUGGCGUUUUCGAGUCGGCAAUCGUGGACGUUUGUAAGAAGAUUCAUGAGAACGGUGGACAGGUCUAUUUGGAUGGUGCGAAUCUGAACGCUCAGGUCGGAUUGUGUCGUCCAGGUGACUACGGCAGUGAUGUAUCUCACCUGAACUUGCACAAGACAUUCGCGAUACCGCAUGGCGGUGGUGGACCUGGAGUUGGUCCAAUUGGAGUUAUAAUGCCAAUAACAUGGGCUUACAUUCGCAUGAUGGGUCCGGAUGGUCUCAAGGAAGCCACACAGACAGCAAUUUUGAACGCAAAUUACAUGGCUAAACGUCUUGCACAAGGCUAUAAAAUUGUUUACAGGGUAAACUGA